AGAGAACGGACGGAGACCGGGACUCAGCGCGCGCGCCGAACCUAGAGAGAGAGAGAGAGAGAGAGAGAUGUACAGCGAAAGAAGGAAAGGGAGAAAGAGAGAGGAUAUGAAUUAAUAGAGUCUGAGUUUGAGAAAGAAAGCGACGCGGCACGAUGUGGGAUUUAUUUCAGCCGGGGAUGGAAGCGAAUGCUGGGAUUCCGGUGUGAGCUCGCGGCGCCGUUUUCCGUUUGGUGUGAACGGUGAUCCUGAAGAGCGCCAUGGCUGCGGUCCAGCGACUCUCCGGCCUUCCCUUUCUCUGAGAGCUGGAUGUGUGUUUGGGAGUACCGCCGCGCCUCGUGUUGCUCGGGGGAUUCUUCUUCUCCUUCUUCUCCUUAUCAUUAUUAUUCUUUUAUUAUUAUUAUUAUUUAAAGCCACCUUUUUCCCCCUUACCUUCAUCUAUGGAAUGUACACAAGUGUUACAAUCUGGAUAGGAGUUUAUUGUGGCUGGGGGCAAGAUGUGGGUGUUUGGGCAAUUGGUAUCGAUACGUUGAGGCCCCUGUUUCCCCUACUCCCCACCCCCUGGAAGUCUGAGCAAUCAGAUGUUACAGUGACAGACUCGGGGAGCUGGCACUAAAAUGUCCCUAAGUGGUGGCACUGCAGGCGGGAAAGGUGUGGACUCGAAUGCGGUGGAACCUUACGACAGCGGUGAUGAGUGGGACAUCGGCGUCGGCAAUCUGAUCAUCGACCUCGAAGCUGACUUAGAGAAGGACAAACUCGAGAUGUCUGGCUCCAAGGAAGCGGGGGGAAUGGCAGCGCCGCCCAGCGCUGUCGCAGCUCUACCCGACAAUAUCAAGUUCGUGAGCCCCGUCGGCGCCCCUCAAGGCAAAGAGAGCAAAUCGAAAUCGAAGCGCAACAAGAACUCCAAGGACAAUAGUACCAAGUCUCCGGCAGGAGACGCCGUGAAAAAAGAGCACCAGGGACGAACCCAAGUGGAGGUUACUGGUACGACAGGUAAUUCAGGAGGCGCUGGGAACGCCACGCCUGGCAAAGGCAUGGAAAAGGGUGGGAAAGCGCCCCGCGGCGUACCAAAUAACAAAAAGGACAAGGAGGUAUCGAGCGGGAAAAACAAGAAGGAGAAAAGCGAUGGAGCGGUGGCCGCUAUCGAGAAGGAGGUAGCUGCUAAUGCUCAAGCACUUGGGAACAAUACGCGCAGCACCUCCUUCGACAGUACUCAGAACGUGGACAUGGCCGUGACGGAGCCACACGGGAAUAACACCCUGGAAUCUGUAGGAAUAGUACCAUUGUCCAUUAAAUCGGAACCCGAGGACAUGGAUAACGGCGAGUGCCGAGCGUUAAAGAAAGUGAAAAACGAAAAGAUGGAGUCUCCUGUCUCUACGCCAGCCCCGCCUCCGCUCCACCUUUUAGCCUCGGUGGGAAACAGCGACAUCGCCUCGCCGUGUGAGCAGCUGAUGGUGCGGACGCGCUCGGUGGCCGUCAACACAUCCGAUGUGGCACUGAGCACAGAGCCUGAGUGCCUGGGGCCCUGCGAGCCUGGAACAAGCGUCAACCUGGAGGGCAUCGUGUGGCAAGAAACCGAGGACGGGAUGCUGGUGGUGAAUGUGACAUGGCGGAACAAAACAUAUGUUGGAACGCUGCUGGACUGUACGCGCCAUGACUGGGCUCCGCCAAGGUUCUGUGAAUCCCCCACAAGCGACUUGGAGAUUAGGCCUGGGCGUGGUCGAGGUAAGAGAAUGCGUCCCAACAGCAACACCCCAGUCAAUGAGAACAGCAACUCCUCUGACAACAAGGGCAGCAAUAGUAGCAAGACCAGAGCCGGCUCCAACAGCAAGGCUCGACGUGGCAGUCAGAACUCCUCUGAGCGAAGGACCCCACCCAAUAGCAACACAGAGGAUGUCAAAGCCAGCCCCUCCUCAGCCAGCAAGAGGAAGAACAAGCCUGUUUCCGACAUGGAGCCCAAUUCCAGUUCUGAGGACACUAAAGGCAACAAGCGUAUGCGCACUAACUCUAACAGUGUAGUAACCUCUUCUGGUCUCUCGCUCCCCACCAUUAAGACUGAGUGUCUUCCGCCUCCCCUAGACCGCAAUUGCCCCUCACCAGUACUUAUAGACUGCCCAUACCCCAACUGCAACAAGAAAUACAAGCACAUCAAUGGCCUGAAGUAUCAUCAGGCUCGUGCUCAUAAUGACGAUGAUAUUAAGCUGGACAUGGAUGGGGACAGUGAGUAUGGGGAAGAGUCCUCUCUCCACCCUGAACCAGGGAGUUGUAAUGGGGCCUCAGUUUCCCAAAAAGGGUCCCUUUCACCAGCACGCUCAGUCACUCCAAAAGGAAGAGGAUUCGAUGCACACAGUUCAUCUCCUUCCCCAGGGAAAUUUGGCUCCAAGCCUAAGAAGAAGAACGGAGAAACAGAUGCGGAGGCUUGUGGCAUUCCCAUGGAUGGCUGUGAGGAUGGGCCUUCUCUCACUGAUGAUGCCAGUAAUGACGGCAUGGAGGACAAGAAGUCCAAAAAGUCCAGUACCAAGCCUGAGAAGCUGGCCCAGAAGAACAUGAAACCCUCCAGGCCAAUGGCUCAAGGCAUGCCCUCACAGCAGAUGUACUCUCUACAGCCAACGCCAUUCAGCUCUGGGAGUCCCAACCAUCCCCCAGGAAUGAGUUCGAUGAUUCAAGGUAUUCCCAAAAGCCCCCAGCUUAAAGGCAUUCAGCCAAAGUCAGGUGUGCCUGGAGACUCAUCCCCUAUGAACCAGGUAAUAGGGAGCUCCAAGGACAAAAAGAAAAAGGACAAGAAAAAGAAGGAAUCUGGUAAAGAGGCAGACAGCCCCAAGCCUCCAGGUAAAAGUGGGAAAGCCGAAGAUGGGAAGAGCCCCUACUCCGAGUCCUCUGAUCCUGGAAGCAGAAGUGAAGGCCAUCUAAAUGGUUCUUCAGACCUUCAUCAGAGUCGUUUAGCUAGCAUUAAGGCUGAGGCAGACAAGAUCUACAGCUUUACAGACAACGCUCCCAGUCCAUCAAUUGGCGUGGCCAGUCGUAUGGAUAGUAGUGGGCAGCCUCUCACUCCUCUCCAUGUUGUUACUCAGAAUGGGGCUGAUAACUCUUCGGUGAAGACAAACAGCCCUGCAUACUCCGAUAUCUCUGAUGCUGGAGAGGAUGGUGAGGGAAAAGUGGAGGGUGUAAAGACCAAGGUAGAAGAUCAGUCUGUGAGGGAAGGAGCCAAAAAGGCCCUCUUUCCAUCUCAGGCAACCAAUAAAGAGUCACCUUAUUACACUAGCUAUGACAAUUACUACUCUCCAAACUACACUCACCCUAGCCCUGGUGGUGCUAGUACUGGUGGUCCACUGCCAGAUGGCCAAACUGUAAAGGUAAAGAAAGAGGAAGAGCUAGAGUUGAGUGAAGACAAGGCAAAGCCAGAGGUUCUGGAGGAACGUAAAGCAGACUCUGCCUCCAACCAGCCGCAGCAGCAGCAGCAGCAAGCCUCAGUCAUCCAGCAACGGCCAAAUAUGUACAUGCAGCCUCUUUACUACGGCCAAUACUACGUUCCCCCCUAUGGUUAUCCAGACCAGGUGUAUCACAACCAUCUCAUGAACACUAAUCCAGCUUACAGGCAGCAGUAUGAAGAGAGGCAGAGACUGAUGGCAGAGCAGCACAGAGCAGCCAAGACUGAGGCAGGCAUGAAAGAGAGAGAAGCCUCUAUGAAGGACGACUGGAAACAAAAGGGUCCUGUUCCCCCUGGACUCACAAAAGCCCCCAGUCUGUCUGACCUGGGAAAGCCACAGGCGCCCAGUAAGCAGAGGGACUCGUCUUCUGAGUUAGCCAAGUCUGUCAUCAUCCCCAAAGGGGAGGAGACUAAGCUCCAGCCCCAGCAGGCUGAAGGUUUAAAGGUGAAGCUCAGUGAAGGUGGGCAUCAUGGCAAAGAGGACUCCAAUAAACCGGGAGUAGAGUUGUCCAGGCCAGGCAUGGAGCAGUCCGUGUGGUACAGACAGUACCCUGAGAACCAGAGGCAGGUCGAGGAGGAGCGAGAGCGUGACCGAGAGAGGAAGAACAAAGACGAGAGAUCACGGAAUAAGGAGUCAAGCGUGAAGGAGGAGAGCAAGGAGAGCGCCGAUCGUUUGUCCGCUCCUGCCUCUGAGGACUACCGAGGUGCAGGGAAAGACCCUCGGUCAAACACUCACAUGCCUUUCUCCACUGCACUGGCCCAGCAGCAACCCUACAUGCACUACAUGCAUGGAUAUCCCUACGGGCAAGGCUACGACCCCAACCAUCCUGGAUACAGAGGAAUGCCCUCAGUUAUGAUGCAGAACUACCCAGGUUCCUAUCUACCUGCCGGUUACCCAUUCUCACCUUAUGGCAGUAAGAUGGGUGGAGGUGAGGAAGGUGAGAAAUCUCGUUCAAGCCCUACAGUCAGCAGCAAGUCAUCCUCUGAGGCCAAAGCCCUGGACAUCCUGCACCAACACGCCAACCAGUACAAGAGCAAAUCGCCCACGGUCAGCGAGAAGGUGUCACAUGAGCGAGAGCGAGGAGCAGCAGAGAGGGAGCGUGAGAGAGAAAGAGAGAGGGAGCGAGACCGAGAAAUGGAUCGACCCCGUUCGUCUCCCUCACAGAGAAUCAUGCAGUCUCACCACCACCUGGGCUACCCACUUGUACCUGGCCAGUACGACCUGUCCUAUGCCACAGGUCUACCCUCGUCAGCUAUCGUUGCCAGUCAGCAAGCUGCAGCCCCCUCCCUCUACCCACCAGCACGGAGGUGAGAACGGGAACCGUGACUGACUCGACCUCAUCUUUACAAAUACAACAUGUGACUGGAUCACAUGGGGAAGAAUAUGGAGUUCAUUUAGACAUCAGUUGAAUGGUGUUUCUAUAUUUUUAGUUGUUGUUUUUUUUCCUGCCGGAAUGUAUGGCAGACUGACAUUUUCUUAGCAUCCGUACCUCGUUACCCCACUGAGGACUGUGAGACCAGGUUCAAAGCCAUCCUGCUGCCCCAGCUCACCCAGCCGGCUACUGAACUCUCUCUGUGAACUAGCGAGGAGUCAUUUGGGGGGAAAAACCCAAAACGAAACAAAAUAAAAACCUCUACUCGUGAGAUUGUUGGACUGCAUAACACUCCCACGCGCAGGUUGUGGUCGGGCGUUGAGGCGCAGACCGGUGGGUCAGAUAAGAAAAAAAGACUGAACGUAUAUUAUCAUGUUGAAAUGGUUGAAGUUGUUUUUUGUUUGAGUUUUUUUUUUUUUUUUUUUUUUUGAGUGCACAUCCUCCUCCUCGCUGAAGCAUCUGUGACUUUUCACAACGGUUGUGUUCUAAAUUUCCUAAACGUGUCUCAUUGGUGGCGGUUCUCGUGUAGUUCUCAUCGCCACACGCCUCAAGACUGCUUUUUAUUUUUAUUUGUAUUUUUCUGUUUUGUUUUCAGGAGGGUCAGUUUUUUCAUCCAAAUUGGAGUUCACACUUUCAUGCAGAGGAAAUGCCAGUGUCCUUGUUCUUAAUAUAUACAAUUUUAAUUUUAAGAUCAGGGUGGAAUUUUGUCUUGCGUAAGUAUUUAUUAAAGUAUCAGGCUGGUCGUGCUUGUCCAGUCGAGCGUGUGCCCAGUCCUGCAGAAGCAGUGUUGACCGUGUAGACAUGGAGGUCAUGCAGAAUCAGAACCCAGCGAAACAUCUCACCUUUUGCUCAGCUAAACCAGACGUUGCUAAGCUGCUAUAUUUCUAGAGAUCUCUUUGAUUUUGGUUUUCCAUCUCUCUGUUUCUCUCUCUGUGCACUGUCAGACGUACUAACUCUUAAAUCGACUAGUCAGUGAUGUGACGACACGUAAUGUGUUUUUUACGAUGCAGUGUGUGACACCUUUCGAGGGAAGUUUAGAUAGGGAUCUGUGUCGUCGACGUGAUGUGCUGCUCUACCGUGUUGCAAAAGUGUCAGAGCUUGAUUUGGGUUUUUUUUUGGUUUGUUUUUCCUUUUUUUUUUUUUUUUUUUUUUUUUACAUAAUAUUUUAUUUACGUAAACCCAAUUUUUUAAAAAGCAGGCGUGUGUUGUGGCUCAGCAUGGUGUACUAUAGCACUAGAAAUGUGACAGUGUCUUCUCAGGCAAAGCUUUUUGUUUUUGUUCUUCCACUUUUUUCCUUUUUUGUUUUGCCUGUUUUUGUAUUGCUGUCUUGCUCUGCACACACAAUAUGGUGUCUGUAUAUGAUGUACAGAGGAAUUAUUUUAAAAAUGCGACUGGGGAACCGUCAGCUUUUAUGGUGUUCAGUGCUUUAUAAGAUGUUCUAAAACUAUGAGGUCUCUGUUUUUGUUUGCUCACCUCCUCUCUUUAACUCCUCUGUCCUAACACCUUUUUUUUUUUUUUUUUUUUUUUAAUCGAAAUCUCAGCAGGGCCCAUUUCUGUUAAUGCAAACAUCAGGACUCCAGACGCUAUUCGCACCCAAAAUAUCAUUAUAUAAAUCUUUAUGAAAGUAACAUCAGGGGUUUUUGUUGUGGGUUUUAUCUACCAGCACCUGAAAGCCACAUGCACAUUAAGGUGCACUAAUAAAAGUGUUCUUUUCUGUAUUCUCAUGUCCUCAAUCUUGUGAAAUUAUUCAGCAGUGCUCUUAUUCAUCCCCUGCAACGCAACGCCAUCAGUUGACACUGAGCCGCAUUGCAAAAUUGGUUUCAUAUCCACCCUAAAGCCACUGAAAUAGAUUUUCAGGUCUUUUAGUUCAGCUUAACUGACACAAUGCAAUAAGGUGUAAUGAAAAUGGGACUCUCAGUUUAUUUGUCACUCACUCUGAUUUUGGCCUCCUGUCUCCUGUCCUCUGUAAAACCUCUCGAAUGGUGCUUGACCUUUGAUUAUCUCUGUAGUGGAAGCUGUGCACUUUUGCAUGGUUUGCAUUAUUCAUCACACUGGACUCCCACCUUCAUCCAUAAACGAGAUCCGCCCCCCUCUCUGGCCCAGCGAGACCGUUUCUACCAAGUAUCAGUCACUGGUACUAAAAGGAUGUUUACAUUUUUUUUAAUGGUUGCGUUUUAAAUAAUUCCUCGGCUGUGUCGCUCAGAUCCUCCAGCUUCCUCCUGGACUGUCCUCUUAUAUGUAAAGUGUACAUUACCAUGUUUCUUUUUUUUAUACAAUACUGCAACUUGCCUUUGUACAUUUAGGCAAAAAAAUAAAUCUUUUUAUGAGACAAUCACA